AUGUCGAGCAGUGCAGAAUUUGUACGACGACACCACCGACACACGCACCUACACUAUAUGCACCCAGUGACCCUCUCAGCUUUCGCAGAGCCACCAGUUAACUUCGCUCUUGUCUGCAAGAUGUUGGGAGUUGGUGAGAUGAACCACCGGCUCGAGGCGAAUGGGCACGGCAAGCCGGUGGCCAUGGCGAAGCAGGAGCAGCUGCAGCAGAGGGGAGAUCAUAAGGAGACCCUGUGGUACGAGGAGGAGAUCCAUGACGACCUCAAGAUCUGCUACGCCUUGAACAGUUUUUUGCUUUCUGUGCUGCUUGAAAGCGUGCUGCACCGAGGGAAAAGCAAGUACCAGGAGAUUGCCCUGGUUAAUACCAAGUGUUUCGGAAAGGCUCUGAUAAUCCACGGGAAGAUGCAGAGCGCGGACGCGGACGAGUUCAUCUACCACGAGUCCUUGAUACACCCGCCGCUUCUCUUCCAUCCCAACCCGGAGACGGUGUUCAUCAUGGGCGGCGGCGAGGGAUCAGCGGCGAGGGAGGCGCUGAAGCAAAAGACCGUCCAGAGGGUGGUGAUGUGCGACAUAGACGAGGAGGUGGUGCACUUCUGCCGGACGCACCUCAGCGUCAACUGGGACGCGUUCGCCAGCGACAAGCUCUGCCUCGUCAUCAACGACGCCAGGGCUGAGCUAGAGAAGAUGCGGGAGGAGAAGUUCGACGCGAUAGUGGGGGACCUCGCGGAUCCCAUGGAGGGAGGCCCCUGCUACCAGCUCUACACCAGGUCCUUCUACGAGCAGGUCCUCAAGCCCAGGCUCCACGACGGUGGCAUCUUCGUCACACAGGCUGGACCAGCGGGCGUCCUGACGCACAAGGAGGUCUUCUCAUCCAUCUACAACACCCUUAGGCACGUCUUCAAGCAUGUGAAAGCAUACACUGCCCAUGUGUCGUCCUUCGCUGACACCUGGGGCUGGGUCAUGGCAUCAGAUCAUCCCUUCACCCUCACCGCCCAGCAGAUCAACGAGAGGAUCACGGACAGGAUUGAUGGCGAGCUGUCGUACCUCGACGGGGAGACCCUUAUUUCUUCAACCACUCUCAACAAGACCGUCUUCCACUCACUAUUGAAUGAAAGGCAUGUGUACACGGAGGAUGACGCGAGGUUCGUCCACGGACAUGGGACUGGGAGGGCAGCCAUGCUUAACUGA